GGUGGUGGAUGCGAGGGGAGGGGGUCCGGGCGGAAAGAGAGCGAGAAAGAAAGAGAUGUGUCAGUGAGUUCCCGCGAGAUGUGACGGAAGCCUGUGGGGGACACGGGCGGCUUUAAUGAGCGGCUUUCCCGGCGGUCGUGAGGGAACCACUGUCAUGAAAAGGAGGCUAUAAUAAAUCGUUUACCUUAUGAAAUUUGGCUUACAUGUGAAAUCUGCCAGGUAAUACAAGGACCUGUGGAAUAUGAGUGAUGACAAACCCUUUUUAUGUACUGCCCCUGGAUGUGGACAGCGUUUUACCAACGAGGAUCAUUUGGCUGUCCAUAAACAUAAACAUGAGAUGACACUGAAAUUUGGUCCAGCUCGUAAUGACAGUGUCAUUGUAGCUGAUCAGACUCCAACGCCAACUCGAUUCCUGAAGAAUUGUGAAGAAGUUGGUUUAUUCAAUGAGCUUGCAAGUCCUUUUGAAAAUGAAUUCAAAAAAGCUUCUGAAGAUGAUAUUAAAAAAAUGCCUCUAGAUUUAUCGCCUCUCGCAACACCAAUUAUACGAAAUAAGAUUGAAGAGCCUUCUGUUGUUGAGACAACUCACCAGGAUAGUCCUUUACCUCAUCCAGAGUCCACUACCAGUGACGAAAAGGAAGUGUCACUGCAGCAGACUGCCCAGCCUACGUCCACAAUUGUUCGUCCAGCUUCUCUACAGGUUCCUAAUGUGUUGCUUGCAAGUUCUGACUCAAGUGUCAUUAUUCAGCAAGCCAUACCUUCACCGACUUCCAGCACUGUCAUAACCCAGGCUCCCUCCUCCAACAGGCCAAUAGUACCGGUGCCAGGUCCCUUCCCACUGCUGUUGCACCUUCCUAAUGGACAAACCAUGCCUGUCGCUAUUCCUGCCGCGAUCACAAAUUCUAACGUGCAUGUCCCAACGGCAGUUCCACUUGUUAGACCUGUCACCAUGGUGCCUAGUAUCCCAGGAAUUCCAGGACCUUCAUCUCCUCAACCUGUGCAGUCAGAGGCAAAAUUGAGAUUGAAAGCUGCCUUAACCCAGCAGCACUCUCAGGUCACAAAUGGAGAUACUGCAAAGGGACAAACAAGUGGAUUGGUUAGAACUCAGUCAGAGGAAGCUCGGCCACAGUCGCUGCAGCAGCCUGCUACAUCUACUACUGAAACACCGGCUUCUCCAGCACAGCUUGCACCGCAAACGCCAAAUACAGGGGGUCGACGGCGAAGGGCAGCAAAUGAAGAUCCUGAUGAGAAAAGGCGGAAAUUCCUAGAGCGGAAUAGGGCGGCAGCAUCAAGGUGUAGACAAAAAAGAAAAGUUUGGGUGCAGUCUUUGGAGAAGAAAGCUGAAGACUUGAGCUCGUUAAAUGGUCAAUUACAGAGUGAAGUCACCCUGCUGAGAAAUGAAGUGGCGCAGCUGAAACAGCUUCUUCUAGCUCAUAAAGAUUGCCCUGUAACAGCCAUGCAGAAGAAGUCUGGCUAUCAUACUACAGAUAAAGAUGAUAGUUCCGAAGACAUUUCCGUGCCAAGUAGUCCUCACACAGAAGCUAUUCAGCAUAGUUCGGUCAGCACUUCCAAUGGUGUAAGCUCAACCUCCAAGGCAGAAGCAGUGGCUACAUCGGUUCUCACCCAGAUGGCAGACCAGAGUACAGAGCCAGUGCUUUCGCAGAUUGUAAUGGCUCCUCCAUCUCAGUCGCAGCCUUCAGGAAGUUGAUUAAAAACUUGCGUUGUUUUUAGAUACUCCUUAGCAACUUCAAAGGGAAACCAAGGAAAGCAGCCUUCAUUUAGGAGAAAUCUGUAGCUUAAAAAUGAUUCAUCUGUAAAAUUCAAACUUGAAUUUGGCUUUGAAAGUUGGCGAACAGGAAUGGCACAGCGGGUUGUAGUCUCUUAACAGACACCAAGUUCAUUUUCCUUUCCUAAUUAGGAUUGCUAGUUAUUUUCAGUGCUCGUCAUGUAAAGUGUCGGUACAGUUUAAAUGUACUUACUACUUUAAUUUGGUGGUAUUCCAAGCAGUCACGUAAAAUGCUCACCCCAAAAAACUGUGAUAGUAAUCUUGUAAUAUUUUAUACCAAAGUUCUGCAUAGAAUCCUAUUGACUUCGUAAACUCUACAAGAUCAUUAAAGCACUAGGCAAGAGAAAAAGACAGGAACAGGAAAUUUGCUUUUAGUCUUUUUUGCCUUUAUAUUGUUUUGCACAUUAUGAGAGGGGGGGAAAACUUUGGGAGAAUAUGUUUGAUUAUAUUGUGUAGCAUUUUCUUUGGCUUUUUAACUGUAUUUUUAAAGAAUUUUGUUUAACAGGGCCAGUACAGUAUAUGGAAUACAGUACUUUUUAUGCACAUAUGUAAUCUUGAUCAGGGUCAUUACUAGCUAGAUUUUCUUUUUUAAAAUAGAUGUCAGCUUAGCUAGCACUUCCAUUUUAUAAAAUCAGGAGCUUUGCUUCUGCUGCAAAAACAAAAACCUGCAGCUAUACCCUCUUCCUAAACAGCCAAGAACAACGGAAAGAUUCUGAACAGGGUUGUGAAAGAUGGAAUACUUUUUCAAAGCUCACUUGAUAUUUUGUGGUUUCUUGAGUCUUAAAGAGGAGCUUAUUCAUACUGAAAGAUAGUAUGGGUGCCAGGAAAGCUUGAAAUUCCCUCAUCAAACUACUCAAGACCCUUUUUUUUUGUUAUUGUAUUGUAUUUGCAAGGUAACUUGUACUUUAUUCUUGUGUAAGCACUGUCAUCUUUUAGUAGCAAAAUUUUGAUACUUUUCUUGUGGGGAGAAAAAAAAUCAAUAUUUACCGUACCGUGGAAACAAUGUAAUUAUAGUGUGACGUGUGUAUGUGUGUAUGAAUGAGACAGCGAGAGAAUGGUUCAGUAGUUACGCCGGCAAUCUGUGCUUGAAUGUUUAAAGAUGCCUUCAGUGUGAUGCUGGCUUGGUAGGUGAUUGCAGUUUUUGAAAUGUUAUUUACCGUGUGAAUUUGGAUAACUAACAUUCCAUGAUGUAGUUUGUUUCUGAUAAGAUGAUUGUAGGUACACUUUUUCUCAUUAUCCAAUCAUCUGCAGGAUAUUGAGUUUUUUAAUGUGCCAUUAUCUAUUUUAAUUCUGUACUCAUGUUAAAAAUAUAUAAUAUUUUACGAUUAAGUUGUAAAAGUGCAAAAAGAAAAAAAACAGGUAUGUGCUGUCAUACCAGAAAAACUUUGCAUAACAGCAGAGAAAAACUACACAGUAGCAGCAUCUGGCAGUAAAAAAAGAAUUCCAUUAUGUAUAUAACAAACAUUUAAUGCAUUUAUUGUGGGUUUGUGUAACUCAUAUGUUCUAUGCUCUGUUUUAACCUAGGGUGCCAUCAAACUAUGAAACAUUCAGUUUUAAAUCAUUGGAUUUUAAUUGGUGGUAAUGGCAGAGAGCAACUCUUAAUUUGUAUGAUUUACAACCAAACUAGAAUGGAAGCUGAACGAAGUCCUAAAAUUAUGUAUAUAUCAUUUCAGUGCUUUAAGUCUGAAAAUAAGAAUUUAAAUAUUUUGUGUAUUAAAAAUGUAAGGAAACAAGGUUUUUUUUGCAUAGUUUGCAAAACGUUCUCCAGACACCUUCAUUUUAUCAGUUUUUAAAGGGUUAAUUUCAGAAACAAGCUUUAAUUUUCUUUUAUUUUUAACCCACAAGUAUAGUGACGAAGUCUCCAGCACAAACUGUGAAUUCUAUUAAAAAAAAAUCCUCUCUGGAGGAUUCAACUCUAAUCACACUGGGAUGGAGAUGCAAAUACAGUGGAAAGCCAUGCAGUGCAGGUAUAUGACGUCUACGUUUGUAUGUGUGCCUGAUGCAUACUCAUGGUUUGCAAUUCCACAAGUUCAUAUACACGUAGAAGCCUGCUUCCACACAUACUCCUCCUCCUAUGGAUCGGGGUGGAGAGUGUGUGGAUUGGAUGAACAAAGUGGUUAUAUUUCCUCCACUAAAUCUAGGCAUAAUCUGCCAGGUACUGCUCUGCUACCCACCUUCAUUUCUGCUCCUAAGCAGCCCACUGAAAUGAAUGGUGUUCAUGCAUUAGCAGUGCCUGACGUUGUAUAAUACAGUCCUAUUUUUAAACCUUAUUUAAUACAAAGUUUUUUGUUGUUGUUUUUUAGUAAUAAAGCUGUUGCUGUUGUAAAAUAAAUCUAAAUAUGUGCAAGGAGAGAUGUAAAUGAUUUUAAUGAAGGGAUUAGUUAAAAUCCUAUGUUCAGCAAACAAGAGAACAGUUGUAUAACCAUAGAUUCCGUUUUAAAAUGUAUGUCACACUACUUCUGUACUUCGCAUUCGAGAUCCUUGCAUUUGACAUGUUUCACAAACUGUACUGUUUUUCUUCAAUGUGCAGUUUGCAUGAGUAAGUCAUCAGAGAAUAAAAUCUAUCUUUAAAUUGUA